GAAUUUUUUUUUAUUACAGGAUGGGUCGAGGUAUCCGUGGACGCGGUCCUGGAGGGCCAAUGGCUGGUAGACGAGAUUAUAAUCCUGUGUCUUGGAAUCAGUAUUGGGAUACAUGUGAAGCUGUCAAGAUAGACUCUGAUGAUGUUUUCCAGGUGUACAGGCGUGGAACAAGUGGCCCAUUAUUGUUAUUGCUUCAUGGUGGGGGUUAUUCUGCACUGACAUGGUCACUUUUUGCGGAAUCAGUAAGUGAAAUGGUUGAGUGCCAAGUGAUGGCUUUUGAUCAGCGAGGGCAUGGUGACACUCACACAGUGAAUGACUCAGAUCUUUCAGCUGAUACACUUGUUGGUGAUGUUGGACGUGUCCUUGAGGCAGUGUAUGGUAUGCGACAGCCAAUGUGUAUCAUCAUUGGACAUAGUAUGGGUGGGGCAAUUGCAGUGCACACUGCAUAUAACAAUAAUGUUGCAGGUUUGGCUGCCAUUGUUGUGAUUGAUGUUGUGGAAGGUACUGCCAUGGAUAACCUAAGUUCCAUGCAAACUUUUCUCCGUAGUAGACCACAAAGCUUCAAUUCACUUCAGAAUGCUGUUGAAUGGAGUGUUCGCUCAGGACAAACUCGAAAUGCUGCUGCUGCAAGAGUGUCAAUGCCUGGUCAAGUUAAGAAUAUAAAAACUGGCUUAUGUGGAACAAAUGAUAUUGAAGCCACAAAAGAUGAGAAAACUGAAAAUGAGGACAUUAGGAGUAACAUGCCUGCUCGUGCUGAUGUUAUUCUUGAAGAGGGUGUAGAAGACAAUGGUGGCCAAGGGCAAGAAUCUUCUUUGCCUUCACCCCAGAUGACUACUCUUCCUAACACUUCUAGAUCUUUACCAGUCAAGAAGUACACAUGGAGAAUCAAUUUGGCUGCUACAGAAAAAUACUGGUCGGGAUGGUUUGAAGGUCUGUCUGGCAGAUUUCUCAAUUGUUCUCCUGCAAAAAUGUUGCUGCUUGCAGGAAUUGACAGACUUGACACUGAUCUCACUGUUGGACAAAUGCAAGGAAAGUUCCAGAUGCAAGUUCUUCCACAGUGUGGACAUGCUGUACAAGAAGACACUCCUGACCGACUUGCAGAAGUGGUUGCUACUUUUCUUCUGCGUCACAGACUUACCUCACCAAAGGAAGAUUUUCAGAGAAGUUUCCCUGCUUGUUGAUGUGUUUGGUGCCCAAUUGAGAAGUUUCUCUCUUUCACUCCAUUGUUACGGAUCAUCGUAUCUCCUUUCUGAUUUAACCACAAACUGUAUGUAUAAAGUUAAUGUGAAUUUUAAAUCAUUUGAUGGUGGUCUAUUUGUUGUUUACUUAGAUUUUUUAUUUGCUUUAUUCUGUUUUGCAAGUUAACUACUAACAUAGUUUUAAAUCAUCUCCAUUCUUUAGUAGACAAUACAUGUUAAUUGAAGUGAUUCUUAUGGUUUUAUGACAACAGCUGCAACCAUCUGGGCGCUGUUUUUUUGGUCAAAUUUAAACAGUACAUUUUUUUGUGUGAAUUUUGGGACUGGCACAAUAUCUUUGAAAGGGUGGCUAAACUUAUUUUUAGAUUUCUUACCUUGUGACUUUAUAAAAAACUUUUUGUGAUAAGCAAAUGAUUAGAGAUACAAACUGGUUAGAAAAUUGCAUUCUCUCUCAAAUAAAGGAAUCUUUUUCUUGGUAAAUGAAGGAUGUAACGACAGCGGUGUUAAUGGACUGUAGUUUCCUCCUCUCCUCAGUGGUGUUACUAUUGAUAGGCUAAAGAGAUGCCUUGUUUUCCUUUCAAAAUUAUUACAUUUUCAAAUAUGUAAAAGAUCUCUAUUGUGUUUUCAAAUAUAAGAAUUUUGCACAGACCAAGAUAUUUAGUACUAUUUAGCAAAAAGUGUAUGUUUUAGAGUUAAGUAACAGACAGACUCCUGUAAUGUUCUCACUAUCUUUUAUAAGUUGAUUUUUUUCUUACAUACUUUCUCUAAACUUAUCCUGAUUUCAGUUUAAUAAAUCUUUUAAUUGUUGAUUUGUUUAUUGUUGGUCAUUGUGUAUUUGCUGGUAUUUUUUUGUAUCAUUUAGAUCUGCUUGGUUUUGGCUCUUGGUUAUGCAUGUGUGUAUGUGCAUAAACUUUGACUUGGAUUGGAUUAGUAAUUCUGUGCAGACCAGGUUUUAGCUUUGGAUUUCUUGAUGUCUCUAACUGGCUAAGUUCUUUAAAAAGGCUAACCUUGCAGAGGGUGGUCCUCCUUAUGAUAGUUUUCUCACUUACAAAGGAUUGCCUCAUAAAUUUGGUGGAUUUAGCUGAUGGCUGCAAUGGAAUGAGGAUACAAUGCAGUAGAAAUGGUGUAAGUGAAUUUGGUACAGCUUACUGGUUAUAUCUGAAACCUUUAUCAUUAUGAUAAAAAUAAACAAAAAAGUUACUUACAAUGGUACAUGGUGUAUCUGUUGUAAAAAGGCUGGUUUGUGAGUAAACGUGAAUAAAUUAAUUUCAUAUUAAUUACGGAUAAGUUUUCUCAUCUAAAAGUUGGAUAUUUACUUUGCAUAAAGUAGUCUUCCAGCUGCAUAUAAUUUUUCCUAGGUCUUGUAAACCUGGCCUAUGUUUUUACUGUUUUUCUAUCCAAUUGACCUUUGUUGUUUUUAGAAUGUAGGGAAGGAUACUGAACAUGGAUUAAAAGCUAGAGUAUUAAUCUUGAUGAAACUAUUAAGAAAAGGAACGACUUAAUACAUCAAGUAGCUUUAUAUUACUUUUUGAAGUGGAAACUAGUGAUGAUCAGGAUAUUCAGUUUCAGUUGAGUGGAUAAAUGUCCCACAGUGGAGUAUUCUUUGACUGAGAGUGAAACGUAAAAGUAAAUUGUUUUGUUUACUCUUUUGUACUUCUAACCUUAGUGAUGAAUUUUGAUUCAUGGUGUCAACAGAUAAAGUUAUCUUUAUAUGAACACAGCUUUUUCCUCCAUAUAAAGAAUUUAGAUUUAUUAUCAUAGGAUAAGGCAACUUAUUUUUUUGCUCACACAUUACUAAUAUUGUCUAGUCUGUUUGGAUCUAGUGGAUUGUGAAAGAGUUUUAUGUAUACUUGUGAGAUUUUGCAGCUUACAUAAGUUGAGAGGCAUGCAGAUGUUUUUUCAGGUUACAGAAGGGAGGAAAUUUCCAUCUUUUCAUAAGUAGUACAUGAGGUAAUGUCUGGAUUUAAUGCCGGAUAGAAUUCCGGUAUCAUUUCUGUAGGACCAAUCUAGUUGAUGUAGUUCAUUAAUUGAAGGAGAUACUUUUAUUGUGACAUGGAACAUAAACAUUUCAUGCAACUAGUUUUCCUUACUGCUCAGAGGGAGUCUGAGGCCUUUGCUUUCAUUAUAUUAGGGAAUAUUUAGUCCAUAAUUGCACUGAAUCCCUUGCUGAGAUGAAUUCUUUUUAUCAUGAAGUGAGGUGUCAUUGUCCAUCAGACUGCUUAGCACCAUAAAGAAAAUAAUAUAUUUUUCUUGGACUUUUAUACCACGUAGAGCUGUACAAGUAUGGAUGUUGGGUAUAGAACUGAAAAAACUUGUUAUUAACAGGUCUUAGUUCAGGUAGAAUGUGUAGCACAGUAGAGUUGAAGCAUGUUGUCAGGAAAAACCAUAUCAGAUCCUGGUAAUAUUGUAUUAGGCUUCAGUAGAGUGGAACUUACAGUUGUUGCUUGGCACUAGAAGCAAUAGAAUGUAGUUGUGCAUUAGCAAAUAAUCAUGAGAUGUCCAGCAUAUUUUUUGUGUACUUAAUGUUAUGAUGUACUUGUAGAGGUACUGUUGUUGGUACAUUUUAUUAUAUCACUAUCAAUAAUGAUGAAGCAAUUUGCUGUAAUGUCAGAGAGCCUGUUUAGACUUACAUAUUCAUGUUUUGAUCAUUUAAUAAAAAAAAAAAGUGUUGGAGAUAGAAAUUAUGUAAACAUUUUAAUUUUAGGUCAGAUAUGACCCCUGAAACUUGCAGAAUUUUUUUCUGCUGGGGAUUUUAUGUUAAGUAUAUGUAAUCCGUGGAAUUUUUUGUUUCAGCAUGUCAUGAUUUUAAGACAAUGUUGGGGCUUAUUGAAAUUGAGACUUGUCUGAACUUUUCCAGCUGUGGAGAGAAUUUAAGUAAACCCCGCAAACUGAUUACAGUUUUUAGUGAAAUUUCUGGAAACCUUACGCAAGCUCUUGCCUUGCAGUGUUUUUUUUUUUUUUUUUUUUACUGACAAAAUGCCUGUUAGCAUGUAAAAGCUAGCAGUUAUUUGCUAUUUCUGUCUUAAGUCAUAGAUCCUUGUCAGUUUUAACACCAAGAGCAGCUUUUGCUGAUAUUGCAGUGUAGUCAUGUGCUAAAGCUAUAGUUCAGAUACAGGUAUUGUUGAAUCAUCAUGAGAAAGUCUUGACAAUUAUUGUUUGCUGGUGGAAAAAAAGUAUUCUCAUGAAUUUUUGUAUGUGGAAAUUAUAAGAAUAUUUUCAUAUAUCAGUGUAAGACUUGUCUUCAAGUAGUUGAUGUAUUCAUAUGAUAAACCAUUUUAUUUCUAGGAUGUGCACUUGUUUCUUUUAGUAGUGGAUGAUUUGUUUUAAGUUUCACAGUAAUCUGUAAAUUCAUAAAGAUAAAGAUUUCAGUGUCUGUACAUAGUCAUUUUUUCAGUAAGGGAUUUGAGAUUAGUAGUCAUGAUUGAAUACCAGGCAGUUUUCUAAGGUAGACUUUAAGUAAUAGAAUUUUCUAAUCAAAAGGGACUGUAAAGUACUUAUAUUGCCUCCUUAAGGUGUCAUUCAUCAUGUUAUUAAAAAGAAAAGUGGUAAUUUACUGUUUGUACAGUAUAUUUGCUGAGAAUGAUGUAUUGGGAAAUGGCUUCACGCUUCUUUCUGGGUGCUUGUGAAUAAAUAUCAAAUUUUGUAAAGCAGGUUCUGUAAGUUCAUUUAACUGGAAAUCUGUAAAAUCUUUCCAUAUCUCAGAACUUAAAGUCUAUGUGUAUUGGUUGUUGUCAAAGUAUUUAUGUAUGGGUGAUAGCAGUGCCAUUUCUUUUAAUGACUUAUUGGUCAUAUCAUCACCUUCAUUACAGCUAUGUAUGGUUGUCUUUAAGUAAAGGAGUUUGUGGGCAUCUGCUAGGGGUUAGGGUAGGAGCUGUAUAAGUUGGUUGAAUGUAAUUUUUUGUAGGACACAAUUUUUUGAAGCUCUAAUCUUAUAUUUCAUAGUCUCUUGUCUUUCUGUUCAUUCACAUCUACUUGCUUGUCUUUCCAUUUACUUGCUGAGACAAGAAAUUUUAAGAGAUUUAACUUUCAACUAUACUUAGAUUGUUUGAGUGUCACCAUGUUGCGGUGCUUUUGGCUUAAACUGUAGAUUAGCAAGUGAUCUCGGAAUUGUUUCCAUUCCUGCUAUUUUACUGGCAACAGUGUUUGCUUCGUCUUUUAUACGUUUCUGAUGUGACAACACAUCAGAAUUAAGGUACAGAAAUUGAACAUCAUCAUGAGGGACUCAGGACAGUUGAGUGGUUUAUAUGCAAAGUUGUUCAGUGGUUGGUUGUGGGUUGUAUUACCGACCUGGCUAUUUUAGGAAUUAAGAUGUUACAUGCAGUUUUCCCCCAAACAAAUUCUAUGGGACUCAUUUCGGUUUCAUUGUUCAGUAGUUGGUUGCAUAGCUUGAUGACGUUGGUUGCAAAAGAUUUUGAUACGGCAUACACAGAAAAGUAGAAUCACAAUUGAAUGAAUGUAUUUUUUGGUCAUGGAUCACAGUGGAUGCUCAGCAUACUUUGAUGUGCCUUAUAAGUAGACAAGCUUGAAAUCAAAUAUGAAAAAGUUUGACAAAAAGAGUACAAAAUUUGAAGCUGUGAGUAGUUGAAGUAUAUUAGGAAAGUUUGCAUUGGCUCAGAAGUGUACGUAUAUACACUGUAAUCUGCACAUACUAAUGAGUGUUACUUGCACAAUAUUUUUUAUUUCAUAAGUUGUCUGGUUGUUGUUGUUGUUGUUAUCAAGUAAUCCAUUUCAAGUUUGAUGGUUGGAUAAAAGAUUUUUUUCUUCUAUGAAAGAAAAAAAAUUAGAGUAGGAAAAAUUUAUAAGUGAUAAGUGAUAAGCCAAUGAAAAGAAAACAAUGGAAACAGGUCAGUGUAAAAGACAAAUAAAUGGACCUGAGGCAAAGAAGGAUGCUGCUGUGAUGAAAAUUUUAUACGAUCUUGCAUGCUAUGCAAGGUACACUUUAGGUGGUAGUAGUACUUCAUAUAACUCCAAAUUGGUUUACCUGUACCAGUAAAUUUUUGGAGACUAAAAUAGGGUUGGUCUGAAGGAUUUGAUCUUAGAUGAAGGACAACAAUUGGACUGAAAAUUUGGUAAUUAGGCUGGAAAAGUUGAAAGGUAGAUGGAAAAAAAACAAAAAAGCAACGCAUGUGUCCAGUUUGACCUUUGCUGCCAGGUUAAGGGAGGUACUUCCUGCGUAUGUUGUGCAUCCACUGUUUGAAUACUACUUACCUAUUGGGACAUGAAACCCAGGUCAUUCAGUUGUUAAUGCUAAUAUUUGUGUAGUUUUUGAUAACCCAUAAACUCCACCACUUAUUCUCUGAAUGCUGAUUGGGAUACUGUAUUAUCAUUCAUGCCACUUGUUCCUGAAGAACAAUAUUUUUGAUGUGGGGUUAUAAUUAGAGCCAGAUGUACGUUAAUGAAUGUGGUCUGAAUUUAGGGUUUUAUAAAAAAAAUAUUGCCAUUUUGUCAAGCAUUUUCCAUUUUGCAAGCAACUUUUUUUGUUUACAUAAAGAUCAAGAUAGAAAAUUCAUUUAUAAGAAUGUAUUUGUAAUUGUGAAAACCAUUCACAAGAGCUUACUAUAACAGUAAAGACUUUUCAUAAGAACAUACCUUGAGUGUAUGGGAGUAAUGAGAAAAACUGCGAUGAUAAAAAUACCAUUUAUUUGCCAUCAUCUUUGACAUAUCUACAUGCAGGGAAACAGUAAUUUGAAGAGAACGCCAACUGAUCUGCUGUUAAUGCCUCCUGAAAUUUCAUACUGCACAUGCAUGGUCAGGGUUGGUUUCCUGGAAUACCUAGGAAAAUAUACACUAGUAAGAACAUUGGUGUUGAGGCAGCAAAAGGUUACCACCACAUUGCAAGAGUUUGUUUACAUUCAGCUACUGUUACACUUGUACACAUUAUAAGUAACAAUAACAGUCAGUUUAUAAACUAUACUGUAGAACACUUAAUGUAAUUUGAAUAAUACUGUAAGUAAUGUUUUAGAUAAAAAUUAAGCAUACCAAUGGAAAUAUAUCUUUCCUAGUUUUUUUUUCAAUUAAAGAAAAGGUUUUGCAGGGAUUUAUUGGCUAUAGUAUCUACAUAUUAAGUAUAUCUGAAAUGUUUAAAAUACAUUCUAAUGAAAUUCACAUUUCCUACAUGUUAACUUUGGAUAAUAGCAAUUACUUUGCCAAGGUUACUUGUAACCUUUGCAUUGGAUUUGGCUGUGCAGCAGCAUUAACACAGAGGCACUCACUCACACCCCCACUCCACUGCCUUCUGCUGCCUACAACAGGAAAUAGACUAACUGAUUUUCAGCAUAAAGUCCCGACGUAUCGUUGCACGUCAGCUAGCCUGAGGGAAUGUGCAUUGUGCCAGUAUUUUCAUGUGCAGGCAAAAUUAAGUGGAUUUGGUAAUUCAUGCUGCUCUUAUAUUUAUGAGACUUUGUCUACUUGUAGGCCUAUCAGAAGGUGAGGAUCUAAUUUGCUAGUUUGACAGUAACUCACAAACAAAUUGAUUAGAAUGAGAUUGUUUUAUAUAUAGGCUAUAUAUGUGAAGUUAAGACAAGGUAAUUACAAAAAUAGGUAAAUUGGAAAAAUCCAAAAUCAGGCUACUUUUAUACAUAUACUUUCUAACCAAAGUUUUGUAUUGAAAAGGUCUUACAGUACCUUAGUAUUAUAGGAUAAGUAUUAGUUCCUGCUUGUAAUACUUGGAGAACUUGAAGUCAGGAAUUGAUUGAAAGAGCACUACUGGUCAGACAUUAUUUAAAUCUUAUGACAUCAGCUUGGUUGUCAGUGUUCCAUUAUUCUGUAAUAUCUGUGUAUUCUAUUGUAAAUAUGAUAUAGAAGCAAGAGAAAAUAAAUUAUUGGUAAUAUAUUAUAAUAGCCUUUAAUGUAUGGAAAGUAGGUUGUUAAGAGAAUUAGUAAUGUGUUUUAUUUUCAUUGCAAUAAUAUUACCGAGGAAAUGUGUUGUAUAAUGGAAAACAUGUUAGUGAAAACUUUUUUUCUAAAUCAAUGUAAACACUUGAAAUAAAACUGAACAAAGUU